CAGCGGAGCCGGACUGUGGGCUCAGCGGGGUCCGGGGGCUGGGGGCAGCGAGCAGGGCGGCCCCAUGGCCGGGCCCCCCUGAGGCAGUCCGGGGGAGUCCCCUCCCCUCCCCAGCUCGGGGGUCUCCGGGCCCCAUGAGCCGGGGCGCGGGCGCGCUUCAGCGCCGGACAACGACCUACCUCAUCUCGCUGACCCUGGUCAAGCUCGAGUCGGUUCCUCCGCCGCCGCCUUCUCCGUCUGCUAUCGCGGCUGGCGCCCCUGGGGCUAGAGGCUCCGAAACCGGGGAUCCUGGCAGCCCCCGAGGCGCGGAGGAGCCGGGCAAGAAGCGGCACGAGCGUCUUUUCCACCGACAGGAUGCGCUGUGGAUCAGUACUAGCAGCGCGGGAGCGGGGGGUGCGGAGCCCCCAGCUCUGUCCCCGGCUCCGGCCAGUCCGGCUCGCCCGGUCUCCCCCGCUCCGGGCCGCCGACUCUCCCUCUGGGCGGCCCCUCCUGGACCCCAGCUCUCCGGGGGACUGAGCCCCGACCCCAAACCCGGGGGCGCCCCCACCUCCUCCCGACGCCCUCUACUCAGCAGCCCGAGCUGGGGGGGCCCCGAACCCGAAGGUCGGCCAGUCGGCGGCGUCCCCGGUUCGUCCUCCCCUCAUCCUGGCACAGGCAGCCGGAGGCUCAAGGUGGCGCCUCCUCCGCCGGCUCCCAAGCCUUGCAAGACCGUGACCACGAGUGGAGCCAAAGCCGGCGGGGGCAAGGGCGCCGGUAGCCGCCUGUCAUGGCCCGAAAGCGAAGGCAAGCCCAGGGUCAAGGGGCCAAAGAGCAGCGCCGGGACUGGAGCUUCAGCCGCGGCCGCUGCUGCCACCGGCGGGGGAGGGGGCGCUGCAGCCUCGACCUCUGGUGGGGUCGUGGUUGGGGCUGGAGUCCGAGGGAAGCUGUCUCCUCGAAAAGGCAAGAGUAAGACCUUGGACAACAGUGACUUGCACCCAGGACCGCCUGCCGGCUCUCCUCCUCCUCUAACCAUCCCAGCAAUCCCGGCUUCUGGCGCUGCCGUUACCGCCACCUCCGCGCAGCCCCCCGGGCCAGCACCUCCAAUCACUCUGGAGCCUCCAGCUCCAGGGCUGAAACGGGGCCGGGAGGGGGGCCGAGCAUCCACUCGCGACCGCAAGAUGCUCAAGUUUAUCAGCGGUAUCUUCACCAAGAGUACAGGGGGGCCUCCUGGCUCAGGGCCCCUUCCAGGUCCCGUGGGCCUGUCUUCUGGCAGCGGGUCCCGGGAGCUGCUGGGUGCUGAUCUCCGCGCCUCCCCUAAGGCAGUGGUCAAUAGCCAGGAAUGGACUUUGAGCCGCUCCAUUCCUGAACUGCGCCUGGGUGUACUGGGUGAUGCCAGGAGUGGAAAGUCAUCGCUCAUCCACCGAUUCCUSACUGGUUCUUACCAGGUGCUGGAGAAGACUGAGAGUGAGCAGUACAAGAAAGAGAUGUUGGUGGAUGGACAGACUCAUCUGGUGCUGAUUCGAGAGGAAGCUGGGGCACCUGAUGCCAAGUUCUCAGGCUGGGCAGAUGCCGUGAUCUUCGUCUUCAGCCUGGAGGAUGAGAACAGUUUCCAAGCUGUGAGCCGUCUUCACGGGCAGCUGAGCUCCCUUCGGGGGGAGGGACGAGGAGGCCUGGCCCUGGCACUGGUGGGGACACAAGACAGGAUCAGUGCUUCCUCUCCUCGGGUGGUUGGUGAUGCUCGUGCCAGGGCUCUGUGUGCAGAAAUGAAACGCUGCAGCUACUAUGAGACUUGUGCAACCUAUGGGCUCAAUGUGGAUCGGGUCUUCCAGGAGGUGGCCCAGAAGGUGGUGACCUUGCGCAAACAGCAACAGCUUCUGGCUGCCUGCAAGUCCCUGCCCAGCUCCCCAAGUCACUCAGCUGCUUCCACCCCUGUAGCUGGGCAGGCUAGUAAUGGAGGCCACACUAGCGACUACUCUUCCUCUCUACCAUCCUCACCCAAUGUUGGUCACCGGGAGCUUCGAGCUGAGGCAGCUGCAGUGGCUGGAUUGAGCACUCCAGGGUCCUUGCACCGGGCAGCCAAGCGCAGGACCAGUCUUUUUGCGAAUCGUCGGGGUAGUGACUCUGAAAAGAGGAGCUUGGACAGUCGGGGAGAGACAACCGGAAGUGGGCGAGCCAUCCCUAUCAAACAAAGCUUCCUACUAAAGCGAAGUGGCAAUUCCUUGAACAAAGAAUGGAAGAAGAAAUAUGUGACUCUGUCCAGUAAUGGCUUCCUACUCUACCACCCCAGCAUUAAUGAUUAUAUCCACAGUACCCAUGGCAAGGAGAUGGACUUGCUACGAACAACAGUCAAAGUCCCAGGCAAGCGGCCUCCAAGGGCCAUAUCUGCUUUUGGUCCCUCAGCCAGCAUCAACGGGCUGGUCAAGGACAUGAGCACUGUCCAGAUGGGUGAAGGCCCUGAAGCCACAACUCCCAUGCCCAGCCCCAGCCCCAGCCCCAGUUCCCUGCAGCCACCACCAGACCAGAGCACCAGGCACCUGCUGAAACCAGAUCGGAAUUUGGCCCGAGCCCUCAGCACUGACUGUACCCCAUCUGGAGACCUGAGCCCCCUGAGUCGGGAACCCCCUCCUUCUCCCAUGGUGAAGAAACAGAGGAGAAAAAAACUGACAACACCAUCCAAGACCGAAGGCUCGGCUGUGCAGGCUGAAGAGGAAAACUUUGAGUUCCUGAUCGUAUCCAGCACUGGUCAGACGUGGCACUUUGAGGCAGCCAGCUUUGAGGAGAGGGACUCCUGGGUCCAGGCCAUCGAGAGUCAGAUUUUAGCCAGUCUGCAGUGCUGUGAGAGCAGCAAGGUCAAGCUGCGCACUGACAGCCAAAGUGAAGCCGUGGCCAUCCAGGCGAUCCGGAACGCCAAAGGAAACUCUAUCUGCGUCGACUGCGGGGCCCCCAACCCCACGUGGGCCAGCUUGAACCUGGGCGCACUCAUCUGUAUCGAGUGUUCUGGUAUCCACCGGAACCUGGGCACACACCUGUCUCGCGUACGUUCGCUCGACUUGGAUGACUGGCCGCGGGAGCUGACCCUGGUGCUGACGGCUAUUGGCAACGACACGGCCAACAGCGUGUGGGAAAGCGACACUAGGGGCCGCGCCAAACCCACACGGGACUCUUCGCGGGAGGAGCGUGAAUCAUGGAUUCGCGCCAAAUAUGAGCAGCUGCUGUUCUUGGCGCCGCUGGGCACGACCGAGGAGCCGCUGGGCCGCCAGCUGUGGGCCGCUGUGCAGGCCCAGGACGUGGCCAAUGUUCUCCUGCUUCUGGCCCAUGCGCGACACGGGCCGCUCGACACCAGCGUAGAGGACCCACAGCUCCGUUCCCCACUUCACCUGGCGGCCGAGCUCGCCCACGUCGUCAUCACGCAACUGCUACUGUGGUAUGGCGCGGACGUGGCGGCCCGCGACGCGCAGGGCCGCACGGCGCUGUUCUACGCCCGUCAGGCGGGAAGCCAGCUGUGUGCCGACAUCCUUCUGCAGCACGGGUGUCCAGGCGAGGGAGGCAGCACAGCCACCACGCCCAGCGCAGCCACCACGCCCAGCAUUACUGCCACGCCCAGCCCCCGCCGCCGGAGCAGCGCAGCCAGCGUGGGCCGUGCGGACGCCCCGCUCGCGCUGAAAGGGACGUCCCUGCCACGGUACCGGUUCCAGGGCGCUUGGACAUGCCCGCCCGCGCCCUCUAGGGGCGGGAAAAAGACCCAGUCCUGCCUGCAUUCAACAAUCCACGGCAGGAGCCCAAACCCAGGCUGGCUCCUGGGGCGACGCCACGCCAGAGGGAGGGGUUAGUACGUGGAGCGCUAGCCCUGGGACUUGGGGCUGAUACCGGGGCCCCCGACCCUUCAAUGCUGAUCUCACUGCCCAGUAAAUGGGGGAAGGGCAGCGAGGGGCAGGACCCCUGCUGCCUGUGGAGGUGGAGGGGUCCCCAACCCUUUCCGUGAAAGGGACCAUGAGGAGUGGAAAUCAGGAUGUUCCCCUACACCUACCCAUGGGUAAAAGUAAAAGGCCAGGGGGAGCCAAGAUCCUGGGUCCUUCCCCUAAUAUCUUGGGAGGGAGAAAGGAUGAAGCAGGAGCAGGCUAAGGGGGCUGGGGAGGGGCUUUGUAAUUUAUUGCUUUG